AUGGGGCACCAAGGGGGCAAGUGUAGCUUCAGUGCCAGCAGAGUCUGCAGGUUUGAUGGCGGAGAGAGUCCAGUAGCGGUGAUCAGUGGUGAGGAGGACUCGGCCAGCCCCCUCCACCACGUCAACCAUGGCAUCAUCAGCCCGUGCACGCUGGACGCCGGCGCCGACGCCGUGGUCAUCGGGAUGACACGCAUCCCCGUCAUCGAGAACCCCCAGUACUUCAGACACGGACACACCUGCAACAAGCCUGCCACCUACGUCCAGCACAUCAAGCGUCGUGACAUCAUCCUGAAGCGGGAGCUAGGGGAGGGGGCCUUUGGGAAGGUCUUCCUGGCAGAGUGCUACAACUUGAGCCCAACCAAGGACAAGAUGCUGGUGGCUGUCAAGACGCUGAAGGACCUCUCUAACGAGCCCCUCUACCUCCAGACCCUGAAGGACCCCACCCUGGCGGCCAGGAAGGACUUCCAGAGGGAGGCGGAGCUUCUUACCAACCUGCAGCACGAGCACAUUGUCAAGUUCUACGGCGUGUGCGUGGAUGGAGACCCGCUCAUCAUGGUGUUUGAGUACAUGAAGCACGGAGACCUCAACAAGUUCCUGAGAGCCCACGGGCCAGACGCCAUGAUCCUGGUUGACGGACAGCCCCUGCAGACCAAUGGGGAGCUGGGCCUGUCCCAGAUGCUGCACAUCGCCAGCCAGAUCGCGGCGGGGAUGAUGUACCUGUCGUCCCAGCACUUUGUGCACAGAGACCUGGCCACCAGGAACUGUCUGGUGGGGAACGGACUGCUGGUGAAGAUCGGAGACUUCGGGAUGUCCAGGGACAUCUACAGCACGGACUACUACCGGGUCGGAGGUCACACCAUGCUGCCCAUCCGCUGGAUGCCUCCUGAGAGCAUCAUGUACAGGAAGUUCACCACGGAGAGCGAUGUGUGGAGCUUCGGGGUGAUUCUCUGGGAGAUCUUCACAUACGGCAAACAGCCCUGGUUCCAGCUGGCCAAUAACGAGGUGAUAGAGUGUAUUACCCAAGGCCGUGUGCUGGAGAGACCCCGUGUGUGUCCUAAGGAGGUGUAUGACAUGAUGCUAGGCUGCUGGCUGAGGGAGCCCCAGCAGAGGCUAAACAUCAAGGACAUACAGAAAAUACUCUUCGCCUUGAGCAAAGCUACGCCAGUCUAUCUGGACAUCCUCGGCUAGCCGCCAGCCUGGCUGAAGGCACGCUAGCCUGUUAGCGUGCUAGGGUGUUAGCAGGCUAGGGCGUUAGCGCGGUAGCCUGUCAGCAAGCAAGCCUGUUAGCAGAUUAGCCUGUUGGUCUGCUAGCCUGUUAGCACGCUAGCCUGUUGGCUUGCUAGCCUGUUAGCACGCUAGCCUGUGAGUAUGCUAUCUUGUGAGCUCGCUAGCUUGUUAGCGUGCUAGCCUGUGGGGUUGUCUGUUGGUUUCAUCUUGUCUAUCUCUAUCCCCAACGGAUACACAAAGCAACCCAGGAAUAAUACAAACAAACAAACAGAACUGCUUUACUGUCAAACACUCACUGUACAAUAUAGGGAUUGACUUAAGUGCCUGCUACUCCUUUCAAUACACUGGAUAACAGUCUUUAAAAAAGCACUUUUACAUUUUGUUUACCUGCAUUUAAAACUGUACAAUCCUGGAUACUGUACGAAGAGAACAACCUUCUUUUUGCCUACAGAAAAAAAUACAGAAAACCAAAAAAAAAGACAAAAUAUUUAGAAAAUGCAUUACAAAAAAAUCACAAAAAAAUAUAAUCCCAGAGAAAAAGAUGAAAUCCCUGGACUGAGUUUGGUUUUGGUGACAUACAGCUUGACAGAAAAUCAAACUACCCAGGUGAUUUAGUUUUUCUUUUUAUAAAUACAUAUUCUAUAUAUUUUUUAAUUUAUUUUUAUUUUCCGAGUGUGGAUUCCUGCUGUUUCUCACUAAGAAUACUGUACAUGCUCCACUGAAAGUGGCAUUUAUUGACAAGACAGUGGGUUGGCAGGCAAACUUUUGGGGGAAAAGCCUUACUGCACUCGGAUUGGCUGGAUCUUCACCCUGACUCUGGAUCUAAGGAUGAUAUUGGCUAAGGAGUAUGGACUACUUCCCAGCAAGAAUUCCGAAGAGCAGGAAGUGACAUUGAUGACCAUCCUAAUUUAAAAGUGAAUGUAUAUACUGUAAAUUUGUAUGUCACGAGAUAUGUUAACUUAUUUCAUUUCCGAAUUAGAUGGUUUUUAGUUUUGAUGUUGUGUUCUGUUGAGUGAAUCCGAUAGGUAUUUUGAUAAUCUCUUUUUUAAUUUACUUUUCUAUUCUUCGCCUGGUCAUAGCCUGUAUGUUAUUCCAAUGAUUAAUUAAUGAAUUGCAUCUAUUUUAUUUAGAUUCAUCAUCCUCUUUUGACAUGAUGUGAUAAAAAUGUAACAUUGAGAGUCAGGAUUGUAGAUGGAUAGACAGAGAUGUCAACUCUUUGGGUAGAGUCCUUGUGUCUUUGUGCUUUGCCAGCUUACAUAAACAGAAAGCCUACUGUAUGGUGUUGUUAUAGCCAUCCCACACAUAUAGCCUUCUGUCUUCAUCUUCAUUACAUAGUAAUACUCUCAGUUCAUCUUCCCUCCAAACCCCAUGCCCUCCAUUAUCCAGCCCCAUGCAAAGAGCUAUUCCAUUUAGCAUUAUUAUUAUUAUUCCUGUUGUUGCUGGCUGUCAGUGAUCGUGUCCUGAUCCCCACACCUGUAUGACAUCAUGGUGGACCUCACCCUUUCACUCUUGACAUGUUUUUUCUCACACUUGACUCAUUCAGGGGUCUGUUGCCAUCUAUCCACUGAUCCCACGAGUCCCUAGUUUCGCAACGUCGUUUCAACCUUGAUGUAUUCAACCUUGCUGACAGCUGAUGGUCUCGCUCUGACGGCCACGCUGGUUGUGCUGCACACUUCCUUUCAGCCAGGGUCUGCCUCCUAUCUCACAGCCUCCUCGCGCUGUGCUGCAUGUCAAAAACACCGACACACAGCCACCAACAGAAUGUUUCCCCUGACAUGAGAGACGCUCCGGGAGGUGAACCCGACUUUAUCUUUUUCCGUACAGCUGUGUACCGGUGUUAAACCACCCAACACUUGGCAAGACUUAGACAGGUGAAUUAUUCAGUAAGUGUGAUAGAGCGAUUGUGGGGGAGGGGGGGGGGGGCGGUGGCUUAUGAAGGAGAACAGCAGUGAUGACAAACACAGGCUGAGGCAUUGUGGGAAAUGUUCCCAGCUUCUUUUUUUUUUUGCUGAGUGAAGCAGUCAGUUCAAGAUUGUUUGUAAGCUCAGUGACACGCAGAUGAUAAAUCUAUAAGCAUUCAUAACUGGGUUUGGGUGGGGAUUGUUCUCUCACAACCCUUUAGUUCUUAACUGAGACAUUGUAUGUGUAGUCAUCAUAUUUCAUAACAUUCUUGUUUAUGUAUAGAAUAACUUGACUUAUACAAAAUGUCUUUUUAAACUGAAAAGUUCUGGUCAACUUUUAAAAGUGCUGUACUUGUAGCUCAAAUUAAAAGUUCCUUCAUCUUUGAA